AUGCCCCAAGAGGCUCCUGCAGAUACUGCAGGCCCGUCCUCUCCGCCGCCUCAACUGCCCGACGGAUGGCUUGCUCAAUGGGAGGGCGUCCAACGUAAAUGGUAUUUUGUGCAGAGAGCGACCGGCAAAUCGCAAUGGGAGGUCCCAACCGAACCUGUCGUUCUCACUCCUUCAACAACGCCUACGUCUAUUGGGACCGGGCCCACAUACCCACCAUCGCGCCCAUCAACCAACAGUCCCCAAAUAACGGGGUCAGGGACCACCUUGGCGGAACGGAUUGAGCCUGUCCUGGGCUGUGCGAGAGUUCCCAGCUCCCUUGACCCGCAGCCGAAUGAACAGCUCACGCACCCUACAUACGGAUCUUCGGGGACAACCGACUGGCAUCCGAAUCAGACCAGCCAACGAAUGCCCCAUGAGUUCAUUCAGCAAUUUGUGUACAGCGAUAGUCAAUAUGGAUCGCAGCCUCACCAAAAUUAUGGCGCCGGUCCAUCGACGUUCUUUCCAAGCCAUGACCACAUGCAACCGAAUGGUGAAUACCAGUCUUUGGCUGGCAAUGCAAGCUCUUCACAGGUACACGCUGGAGGAUAUACACAGCAACAUCCUCCAGGUUCACAUUCGGGCUUCGCCUUGGGCUCUCAGCAUUCACAGCUUCCCGUUAAUAAUAUAGAGGCAACCAUGGCGCAGAGUCAUCUUUCAAGCAUACACGCGGUCCCUCCGCCCGAGCCUCAAUGGCAUCCCAGUCAACAGCCUUUGGUGUCAAAUGCCCCAACCGAAUCGGUGUCGACGGGUUUCGGUUCAACUACUUCACAGCCAAUCUACCGAAGCUACCCAACUCCACACACCGUUGGAGCCUCUCCAAGGGAAUUCGCUUCGCGAUCAUCACAAUCUUCGAACCCGUCGCGUUCUGGGAGUGACUUUGCCUUCAGCCGGGAAAAUAGCCAAUCAAUGCACGGAUCGCUACCGAUGCACUUACCCCGUGAGACUGAGAAUAUUCCAACUGGGGCUGCACAAUCAAUGUCCCGAACCCAUUCACAGCAAGCUAGUAUAUUGCCGCCGCAUGCAAACCAUGGCCCAGGAUCUGUCACACAAUCUCCUCAUGGCUACCAGCCACAGCCACAGCCACCAACUUCGCAUAGUCAAUAUCAAGCCACCGACCUGUCACGAGCCCAGUCAGGGACGGCCUACAAUUCCGCUGAGUAUUCCGCGCCCGAGCUUCAAAGUGGCGUCCCGAACUACCAGAAUCCUCUUGUGCAAGCAGGCAUGCAUCAGUAUCUGCCCUCUCCGCAACGGAUACAUUACAAGCAAGCGGCCGAUCCUAUGGUAGGACCAGGGCAGCCCUCGCAAAGUGAGAUACCGCCUGGAUAUCCAAAUCAAUGGGAGACUUCGGCUUCCACCGCUGUGCGCUCAGCAGCAUCCGAUCCCCAGUUUGUAAGUGGUCCCUGGGCAUCGACGCCACCUACUGCUGGACCGCCGCAACCACCUCGUUACGAAUAA